AAAUCUCUCUCUCUCUCUCUCUCUAUCCCUCUGCUCAACAAGAAACGUUUCAUUUCCCCUCUCUCCCCAAAAGUCUUUUGCACAGAAAAAUACAAAAAAAAAAAAAAAAAAUUUACAGUAAAAAGAGAGAGAGAGAGAGAUAGAUAGAAAGAGAAAAUUUCGCGUCUGAAACGGGAAAGUGAACAAAUUUUUGCUCAUAUAUUUACAGAAACUCAACAAAGGAGAAUAAAAAUAUUUUGAGGGAAAGAAAGGAAGUGGGUUCAUCAAAAAAGCCUGAAAGACUCAACUUUGAACUUGGAAGCUGGAGUUUGGAGUUAGGGUUUUACUAUAUUUUGUUCAAAGAUUGCUGGCAUUUGGUGAUUCGGAUUGGGAAGAGUUUAUUUUUAUUUAUUGUUUUCUCUAUUUGAUCUACCAUCCUUUGGGAACUGGGGAUCAGCGAAAGGGUUUGCUUGGCAUUUCUUUGUUGCGUGGUUUGUCAUUUCACCCAAGGAUAUCAUGACAUGGCUGGGAUGUUUUUGAGUCCCAGAAGUUCUCUCAUGUCAGAUCUGUAAUAAGAUGGAGACCCAUGCAUGCUGUCCAGAAAGUAGCUCCCCAAUACAAAUUUGCAGUUCCACAGUAGUAAAACAAGAUACUCCCAUUGAGCAGAUUAGUGGGUCUAGGUUAGAGUACACUAGUGAUGCAGAGCAACAUCAGAAAAUUGGAAGUGCUCCUAAGAAAUUGGAGGUAGACAGAGACUCGGGGGUAUCAGAAGAUGCUGCAAAUGCUGUGGGUGGUGCUUCAGAAUCGGGAUUACAGGGAAACACUGAUACGGAAAUCCAAGACCCUUGUAGGAAAACUUCCUCUCUCGGUGAUGUUAGUGCAGUUAAGUCUGGGGGAAAAAGUGGGAUUAGUGAUUGUACGGCUGCAAAUGACCACAGAAGCACAGUAGUUCGUGGCAAAUGUGGAACUGAUGAGUGUGGAACAUUUUUGUCUAGGAUAGAAGGUGUUAGGGAGAUUGACAGAGUUGAGGAGCACAUUAGUGAUGAAAGUGAGGAUCAUCCAGCUGAGUUUUCGGAAUCUGGUAGAGAUCCUAAUGUGGUUCCAAAUAGAUCUGACACUGAUCUAGAUUAUGAUAAUUUCGAUGCAAUAGAAGUUGCUCGACUAGUUGCCAUAGAGGUGAAGAGAGAAGUGGACUGCAGAGAAAAUAGCGGCUCUUCUUCUGAUAGAGUACCAGGAGGUGAAAUUCAGCAGCCAGACAGCCCAGACUCUGCAUGUGGGCCUCAAAAACAUGCCCAGGAAGACUCAGCUGGGGAGGUGCCAACUGCACCAGAUCUGGCAGCUGAAGCUUCAUCACUUAGGGAAGAAGAGCGAGCAACUAGUGCAGGAAGUCUGGAUGCUGAACCAAUAAAUGGGGGGCCUGAAAUGGAAUGCUCUCAGGUCACUGAUGUGGCUCAAGAAUUACCGGCCAAUCCUGAAAGAGGUCUUUGCAAUUUUGACUUGAAUCAGGAAGUUUGCUCAGAUGAUGUAGAUCGCCCGGAAAAUCCAAGCUCUAUGCCUAUUUCCAUUGUUUCUGCUUCAAGGGCUGCAGCAGCUCCUGGAAUGCCAGUUGCACCACUGCAGUUUGAGGGUGCUCUUGGAUGGAAAGGAUCUGCUGCCACAAGUGCUUUCCGCCCAGCAUCACCUCGCCGAAUUCCUGAAGCAGAUAAGGCUCAUUCAACUGGAGGAAGCAACAGUAGCUCAAAACAGCGUGAUGGCUGUUUGGAUAUUGAUCUGAAUGCAGAUGAAAGUUUAUAUGAAAAACCUACAGAUCCUUUGUUGCAAAAACAGAUUCCAGUGUCAUCUGGGUUGCCUUCCGGGGAAUCUUCUGUUGAAGCAAGUCCAAGACGAUUAGAAAGGAUUGAAUUGGAUCUCAACCGUGUGAGUGAUGAUGGUGUUGCUCCAUCGGACUGGCGGACAGAGGGACUGGUCCUUCAGCAGAGGAAUGGCUAUCAGAGUCGAUCUCCUUCAUCAUCAUCAUCGUCUAGGCAACCUUCUCUGAGGAAUAUUGAUCUGAAUCUGAGCGAUCAGCCAUCUUCCAUGAAUGACUCUUCAGAUCAUCCCUUUCUAAGCAAGUUAUCUCAAAGUUUUAACGCACCUGGUGCCAAAAGAUCUGAUGACUCUGUGAUAUCCAUCAUGGGCAUGCGGGUGGAGGUGAACCGAAAAGAUCCUCAAUCUCUGCCUUCACUGAAUGGGAGGAGUCUAGAGCCUGCACUUGAUGCCAAUGUGGGAAGAACAGGGGGUCUUCUUGGACCUACUGUUCCAUAUACUCAUUCUCCAGUAUAUGGUUACAGUGGGCCCACUGUGGCUUUCUCCUCAGCAAUGUAUGGGCCUGGUGGCCCCAUUCCAUACAUGUUGGAUUCUAGAGGAACGCCUAUCCCUCAAGUUAUGGGCUCGGCUCCAGCUCUUCCUCCUGUCUUUUCCCACCAGCCAAUUUUACUGGGCAUGACUGGCACACCUGCUUUAAAUGGAGCUGGGCCUCCUCGGAAUAGCUUUGACCUGAACUCCGGUCUGAUACUUGAGGGAGGAAACAGAGACACUGGAGGCUUAAGACAAUAUUUGAACCCAGGACAGCCCAGGUUGAUGGAUGACCCCUUCAAUUCUACUAAUUCACAAGCAUCGACGAGUUCGGGUGCUGGUGUGAAACGCAAAGAACCAGAUAGCGGGUGGGAGCUUUACCCAAGUAUUAAACACAAUCCACCCCCAUGGAAAUAGUGUGAAGUUUCCCUUUCUUGGUAUGAAUGAACACGGGUAGUGGACUUACAGCCUAAGUUAUCGAGAUAGGAGGAAUUUGUACAAACAGUUUAGGAGGUGGCGGCGGGUUUGACAGAAUUGAAUAAAGAGGGGGAUAGCGGAGAGGUCAUAUGAUUUAUGAAAUUUAUGCCCAAAAGGUGAUUAGGUUUUAGGCUUAAUUGUUUCACAAUGUCUAAAAGAAUUUCUUGCU